AUAGUGCGGACGUGCGGUGCCGAGGAUUCCAAUUUCCAACUUCAUCAUACUAUGAAAUUCAGUUAAAACAAUUUCCCCUUUCUUCGGGUCGCCUUGUUUCUUCUUCCGGAUCGUACAUUCGUACGUUCAUGGGAUCGUUUUUAGCCAAUAUCUCCAAUUCAAUUUCGCCGACUGCUCAAGCUCUCUUCAAUGAAUUGUGGACUGCCUACAUCGCCCCCCUGGAUUUCCAUGACCUCAUCAUUUCCUUCGUAGGUGUAUCAGCGGUCAUCAUCUCCGUUCACCUCUUGCUCGAGAUGGUGCGUGACUUGAAGCAGACGACUAAGCAGAAGAUGAAGAGCAAGUGCCUUGGAGUUCGCCGCGAUUUCUCCACUGAAGUAGAAAAAACCAGGAAGGUUCAUGUUCCGGAUCUAGAUGCUGCACUUGCUGAAGAUCUGCAGUUUGAAGAAACUUUAUUGGCUUCGCUUUUUACUGCUCCAACUAUUAAUGAUGCAUCUUCAUCUGUAUUGGCUUUGCUUUCUACUGCUUCGACUGUUAAUGAUGCAUCUUCAUCUGUAUUGGAUUUGCUUUCUACUGCUCCGACUGUUAAUGAGGCAUCUUCAUCUGUCCAGGGAGGACCCUUUCCUAAAAGCUUCUGCGAGAUUUGUUUAGAGGACAAAGGAAAAUGGCAGAUGAUAGAACAUGACGAAUGUUCUCACUCAUUCUGUUCUGAGUGCAUGAGCAAGCAUAUCAUCGCAAGGGUUGAAGCAAACAUGGUUGAAGUCAUUUGCCCUGGAAUAAACUGCAGAGCUCUGUUAAAUGCCAGUGACUAUCAGCAUUUGGUUCCUAAGGAGACUCUAGUUCGGUGGGAUGAAGCUGUAUGCAAGUCAAUGUACGUCGACUCUCAGAAACUGUACUGCCCUUUCCGGGACUGCUCUUCCAUGUUGGUUAAUGACACCGGGGAGGACAUGGGAAAGUCGACUUGCCCUUUAUGCAAGAGAUCAUUCUGUGCAGCAUGCCAAGUCCCCUGGCAUCCCGAGUUUACCUGCAAGGAAUUCAAGAAGCUGAACACGCAGAAGAAGAAAGAAGAUGCCAUGGUGAUGACUCUUGCAAAGAAGAAACACUGGCAGAAAUGCCCGAAAUGCAAAAUGCUUGUGGAAAAAUCAGAGGGAUGUAUUCACAUGACUUGCAGGUGCAAACACCAGUUCUGCUACAGGUGUGGCGAGAAAUGGUCUUCAACUCAUGGAGCUUGCCAGUUUCAUCCCAUCAGGACUGCCCAGUAGGCAGUGGUGGUUUGUAGAGAAACCAUUUCUCGGUUUUUGCUUCUCGUCCUUGCACAGAGAUCAUGCUAAUCUUAUCGUUAUUGGUCCCGAUCCUUACACAGUGAACAUGCUAAUCCGAUUUCAUACUGCUAAUCAUAUCUUUAUCACUAUGAUAUCUUCUUAUUUUGUAUA